GCACAGUGGUUAUAAAGCAAUUUCCCCCAAAAUCUGGGGGCAUUGUCUCCCACAAAUACAUACAGAGUCUGUGUGGGGAAAAGUGGGCACCAAUUUAAAGGAGAAAAGUAGUGAGCAAUAUAUGUAGGAAACAUUAUGUGACCAAGACAACUUAAAAUUCUGAAACUGAAAAUCCCUGAUUUCCUUUCUUUUUCUCAGAAGGUUGCUGUGUUCAUUGUGGGGCAUGGUAUCAGCGAUCCAGUGCUUGCUGAGUAAUUGGGUUGGUUCCUCGAAGGACGUGAAAUCUUUACUGGACAAGUGGGCUUGCUCUUUAUAAUGUGUGGUGCCUUGGCUAGACAAGUCAGUGUACUGGCUAAGAUGUGUUGAGGUUACUCAGCUGCUGAGCUUGCUUCUCUCUGGGCUUGGAUGCUGCUAGCCACCGUUCAGCUGCUGCCAACCUGGGCUGAGACAUUGGAUUCUUCUCAGAGUUUAGCUGGAUUUGCUAGAUCCCUGGGUCUGAUCAUCAAUAAGCAGCCUCAGUCUUUCACUGCCUUAAGUCACAAGCUUGACUGCGUAGUACUGUUUUCAGCUGGAGUGUUACAGCACUCUUUUCAGUCAGAGUUAUUGUUUGUUCUUCAUUCUAGAAGAGGACCAAUGACAUCAGCAGGUCGACAUUUUGACUUGCAAGCAAACUGGAUUUAAAUGAUGCAAUACUGUGCAGAGUCAUCAGCCUCACUGCCUCCUCCAGACUCUUUGGAGUCCAGUGGCAAGACAUGGGUCUAGAUGACUGGGAAUGGCCCUGGAUGCAGUGGAAGACCUUGGGAUUUUUAAGCUAAGGUCUUACCCAGGGUCUCAAUCUGAGGCAACAGCCGUUCAGUUAGAGUACUGAUUUGCUCAACAACUCUUAGGCUAGGAUUAGUAGAAGCCUCUUCACUUUGAAUCCCUCAGAGUCUUCAUAUGCGAUUGAGUUAUUCAAGCCUCAGAUUCCAGUUUGGAGAGUGCUUUACUAACAUUUGAAAGGGCCUCAACUUCACAUUUCCAUUACCCUUAAGGCUUUCAGUUUUGUAAAUGUAAAAGGAGGUGGAACACUAUUCAAAUAAGAAGAAUACAAAAUAAAGAGAAAAAAAGUACUUCAGCAAAACUUACUCAACACAACUAUGGAGUUUGACAGUAUACACAACGUUCUAAAUCCCCCCCCCCUUCCAUCUCGGAAAAGGAGAGAGGUUUCCCCCCCCUCUUCUCUCCAGUAAUAUUUAGUUUCUUUUUUAUUGUUGUUUUUUUUUUCCAUUUACAUUGCAACCCCCUCUUUUCAAAGAAGGGAACCAGAGCUCCAGAGGAGUAAUGGUUCAAUAUCACACAGUUAGUAAUAAGGGCAUAUAAAGGACUAGAACCUGCCUUCUCAUUUCUAAUCUAUGAGACUUCCUCAUUCAUUCUUAGGUUUAGUUCUUCAAUUUUCCUCUUCCUGACUCUCCCAUAGGGGAACAAGCAAUGGUUCUGCUGUCAAAGGAUCUGGGAUGAAAUCUUCUUUCUGCCAUUUACCUACCAUUGCCACCUUGAGCAAAUCUCUUAACCUGACUGCCUGUUUCAGGCUUUAGGUUUAUGAUCUGCUUCUUUGUAUUAUAUCAAAUUUUGGAAUCUGAUAUUUAGUGCUAGACCUUAGAGGUGAUUUAGUCCAACCCCUUCAUUUUACAGAUGAAGAAACGGAAUCUGGAGAAGUUAAGUGGCUUUCACAGAAUCACACAGGUGGCAGAGAUGUGAUUUCAGUCCAGGUCCACUGAUUCCAAAUCCAGCAUUUUGCUCCCAUUAAACCAGAUACCGUGCCUAGGGUAUGCGCAGCCCUGUGCUGUGUAGUGGGUGUGCCUAUUGCCUUCAUCUAAGUGUUCAAUCCACUUCGUGUAUGUGGGGGAUUUUGCAUUAAUGAGACCUUAGAGACUAGUAUGAGACCCUUAAAAAAAAUUAACUGGAGGGGGGAGGACUUCCAACUGGGUCCAACUGAUUCCCCCAAACGGGACAAUGUCUCACUGUCAUGGUUUAGCCAACACACCCCAGAUUCGUCCCCCUCCCCUCCACAGUCUAAUCUACGUGCCCUGCCAGCUAUCUGGGUGUGCUCAGUCCCCCUGCUCUCCAGGUUCCUCUUCAGACUGAUGAUCCUCCGCAGGGCCUCAAAGAGCAGCCCCUGCUGUCCCGAGCAGUUCUGGGACACACCUCUCGGGAGAGCUGCGUAUUUCCGCGUGGUAGGGAAGCCCCGGCUACGUCCGCUGUGCGCUCUAGCCUGGGUUCCAGGUCCCUGGGAAGUUCUUUAAGGAGCCCAAGCCCCGAAGCUGCUCUGGCUCCUACUCUUCGGCCCCGCCCCCUCCCGAGAGAAGCCGGGAGCUCGAAGCUGUGAGCUCAGAGGCAGCCCAGCCUGGGGGCGUCACCGAGUGCGGCCACCCAGCUCCAGCUCCAGCUCCAGCUCCACGCCGGAGUCCUCUUCUCUUCUCCACCUCCUCUUCUUCCCUCCCUUCUCUUCCCGGUCGUAGAACACAGACCCAACGCCCAGCUAGGCACCGAGCCGGAGACGGACAGCAUCUGCAGCCGGGACCGUGGGGCAGAGCGAACCUGUGGAGCCUGGGACCCCGGCGUUCUCAGAGCCCGUAACUGCUGGAGGCUCCAAAGGAAGCCCCUCGGCUAGGGCUUCGGCUGCCGUGCCCUGCUGCUCACUGCCCGAGGCUGGGGAGCGAUGCAGGCUGCACUGUGAGUCCCAGGCGGCAGGGCCAUGUCCGGCUCUCGUUGCCAGACAUUGUACCCCUUCACUGGGGAGAGGCACCGCCAGGGUCUGCGCUUCGACGCCGGAGAGGUGCUCACGGUGCUGCAAGUCCCGGACGGGGGCUGGUGGGAAGGGCAGAAAGAGGACGGACUCCGUGGCUGGUUUCCAGCAAGCUAUGUGCAGUUGCUAGAGAAGCCUGGAAUGGUUCCCCCCCAGCCUGCAGAAGAAAAUCAGACUUCCUUAUUGCCACCCGGCUGGCAAAGCUACCUGUCUCCUCAGGGCCGCCGAUACUAUGUCAACACAACCACCAAUGAGACUACAUGGGAGCGGCCCAACGGUUCUCCUCGGACCCCAUCAAGCCCUGGCACUCAGAGGAACUUUCAGCCUGCGACAGUGAACGGCUACCACUCAUCAGGGACCCCAGUGCAUCAGUCAGAGCCUGUCCACAUGAGUCUCCGAAAACCCACUGGUGAUUUGCAGAACCCAGGGUCUCCAUCUCCAGGCAAGAAACAGAGCAAGGAAAGCACCAUCACAAUAAACUGUGUGACUUUCCCACAUCCCGAUACAAUGCCAGAGCAGCAGCUGUUGAAGCCCACUGAAUGGAGCUACUGUGAUUACUUCUGGGCUGAUAAGAAGGAUCCCCAAGGCAAUGGCACUGUGGCUGGGUUUGAGAUUCUUCUUCAGAAGCAACUGAAAGGCAAACAGAUGCAGAAGGAAAUGUCAGAAUUCAUUAGGGAAAGAAUUAAGAUCGAAGAAGAAUAUGCCAAGAACUUAGCCAAGCUCUCUCAGAAUUCCUUGGCAGCUCAAGAAGAAGGCUCCCUAGGAGAAGCCUGGGCCCAAGUAAAGAAAAGUCUGGCUGAUGAGGCUGAAGUCCAUCUCAAGUUUUCUUCCAAGCUCCACAGUGAAGUGGAAAAGCCCUUGAUGAAUUUCCGUGAAAAUUUCAAGAAAGACAUGAAGAAGUGCGACCAUCAUAUUGCUGAUCUGCGGAAACAACUGGCCAGCCGAUAUGCCUCGGUGGAGAAGGCACGGAAGGCUCUUACAGAGAGGCAGAAAGACCUGGAGAUGAAAACCCAGCAAUUAGAAAUCAAACUAAGCAACAAAACUGAAGAGGACAUCAAGAAAGCCAGGCGGAAGUCUACCCAGGCUGGAGAUGAUCUGAUGCGCUGUGUGGAUCUCUAUAAUCAGGCUCAGUCUAAGUGGUUUGAAGAGAUGGUGACAACCACCUUGGAACUCGAGAGACUGGAGGUGGAACGGGUAGAGAUGAUUCGGCAACAUCUUUGCCAAUACACACAGCUGCGGCACGAGACAGACAUGUUCAACCAAAGUACAGUAGAACCUGUGGAUCAACUCCUGCGGAAAGUGGAUCCUGCUAAAGACAGGGAGCUGUGGGUGAAAGAACACAAAACUGGAGAUAUCCGACCCGUGGAUAUGGAAAUCUAGACUGAAUGAGUCAUUCCUUGAAUGGGUUUAUUGUUGGGGUUUGAGGAUCCCACCAGGAGAAGGGGCUCUUUCUUUGGGGCCUAUUGUCAUGCUGGGAAGGAUUUGUGCUACCAUCCCACCCAUUGUCCUGUUUGGUGAGGUAGUUGGAGUGUCUCCGUUCCCCACCCCAGACUCAGAAGCAGACACAUACACCCCUGCCUUUAUUGCCAUCACUAGAGCCCCCAACUCCCCGUCCUGUGCGGUUCUGAGAGCAAACUGAAGACUUCAUUUUCUGGAAUAUGGCAGUACUCUUGUUUAUACUCAUGUAACAUACUCAGACCCAGCUGUAUAACAUGCUUGUGAUUCUUGAGGAGUCACAAGGGCCCAGUCCUCAGCAAACCUAAAGGCUCCUCCUCUCCAUGGAGUCUAACAACUAGGAGAGGUUGUCAACCCCUUUCUCCAAAAUGAAGUGGACUGGGGUGGUGGGAAGUACCCCCAUAGAUAGAACAUCCCUUCUAUAUCUAUCCAAAUCCUUUUUUUGUGACCUGUCUGGUACUGGGAGCCCUUCCCAUUGGCAUCUUCUGUAACAUUUCAUCAUAGUAUCACCCGCUGGGGCCUAAGAGGGAACACUGGAAAGGAGCACCUGCUUCUCUUAUCACAAAAACAGACCCUGCCCUUCUUUUAAAACCUACAGUGAUAAUGGUGGAACUACCUCAUUAGGCAAACUGGUCCCAAUUUUGAGUGUUCCCUUUUUCCCUUCCCAUUUGCCACAAAUGUUUUUGUUUUUGUUUUCUUUCUGCAUGGACAAUGCUUCCCAAUUCUUUGGAUCUAUAUACUCAUGCUCUGUUGUUCUGGGAAAUAUCAAGUCAACAGUCCCAGGCCAGUUUUUUUUUUUGUUUUAUUUUUGUUUUUAUUUUAGAUUGCCCAUUCUCACCAUAUGAAGCUUUUUGGAAGGCCUUAGUUUUCAGUGUCUCAGCCUACUCAUUCCAGUGGUUUGGGAGCAGGUCUCAGGGGCAGGGUGUGAAUUGCCUGCAUCCUUCCCCUUCACACCAUCAUUUAUAUUUACCAUUCUCAAUCUAGUAUUCAGAAUCUACUUACAUCAAAGUGAUUGAGAAUUUUAAGCUUUGAGGUCCAAGAUGUUGGGUUUAGGAUGUGAUGAUAUGGAUCCUGUAUUUGACUCCCUCCCUUAUGCAAUGCCCCUUGGGUCACAUUUGCCAUCCUGUGCCAUCUUACCAGGUACUGGUUAUCAUUUUCCAACCCAGAUCUUUGAUAACAAUAUCCUUCAAAGUUUACUCUCAGUGGGGAAUCUCUCUGUGUUUCUCACCUGUGGAAUCUGCCCCAACCCUGCCAAUUUCUUUAAUAGAGGACAUGGCUCUCCCAUUAUGAUUUCCUGGUGAUGAUUCUAACUGUUCUGAUGCUUCCCUUCUCUUUAGCUGCUUCUCCUUACCCCUUAUACUUUAACUGGCACUAUACGAAGUUUGUUUUUCUCUUUUCAGUUACUCAUUUUUAACCUUUAGUUCUGUGAACUAGUUCCCAACAAAAUCACAACCAAAAGGCCAGGGAUUGAUUGGAAUGUUUUUGCCAUUGCUACCUUCAGUACGUAAGAUGCCUUCUUCCUCAUUUUUAUGUUGUACAUCUCUCCCACAGCAGCAGCCCUGAAAAUUAGCCCCUCGAAGUCUCCUGAAAUCAUAUGUGUGUCUGAGUGUGAUAAUUUAAGGGUGGGAGCACACCCAUUAAAUUUUAAUGCUCAUACAUUGGAUUUCAUAGACUCUGUGAGCUAGGAGGAACUUUGGUAAUAUCUAGUCUACCCUGCCAUAGGAUCAAAGAUCUAGAGCUUGAAAGAACCUAGGAAGCUAUGUGGUCCAAUCCCUUCAUUUUACAGAUAAAGAAACUGGGGCCCCGGGAGAUCAGGGGACUUACACAGGCAGUAAGUGUAUAGUUUUACUCUGAAGCCUAAAGAAAUUAAGGAUCACAGUUAGUGGUAGAUCUAGGGCAAUCUAAGGAUUGCCGGUAUUUUCUGUCCCCUGCUUAUGACCUUAAAUUUGCAUCUGUGUAAGUUGUACUUAAAUGGUAUCCACCCACCCCAUCCUAGGGCAGGAAUGUAAGGUUUUACUGGUUGUUUCUUUCAGGCUGCCAUGGCUGCCACAGUAUUUCAUUAGUUGGGUCCUGUGAAUCCUUCUGCACAGUGCAUGUGAGCAUGGAGUAUCUCACUCCUCUUACCAUUUUUUGGGUUUUGUUUUUUUGUUUUGUUUUGUUUUGUUUUUUGAAGAUGGCUAAGCUACUAAACUAAUAAGAAGGUGGUCACCUUUUUUAUUUUGAUUAAGAUCCUAGGGAGGAAGUCAAUUUUGGGAAGCUGGCAGUGUGAACAGAAUCACAGUGGUUUGAUGUUCUACAGAGAUGAGGAAGAAUGGGUGAUUAGUGAUACCCAGCUACUGCUCAUAUGAUUGUAGUUCCUUGGUUUCUUUCUUUUUUUUUUUUUUUUUUUUUUUUUUUUACAAAAUAAGAGGUGGGUAGGCUGGAAGAGCAGAGUUGAAGGGGACUGAGUGGAUGAAGAAUCACCUUUGGCUCAGUAAAUAUAUGUUAACAUAUUUUUCAAGUGCUAAACAAAGGAUAAGUAAUACUGUUAUUAAUCCAGUUAUUCCAAUGAAUUGAGACUUGAUUUCAGUCUCCUUCAUUCUAGUCUUUAGGGAACCUAAGUUUUUUUUUUCUCUCAGUACAGGAUCAGUAUACCUUUUCUUCCUUUUCUUCCUACUCGCAAGGUACUGGCAGGUCAUUUGUGUACCAUCACAAAGCAGGUUCUGCUCUGCUUCCUAAAAAAGCCACAAGAGCUUGUGAUAGCAUAGUAAUGUGGAUUCAGAUCCUGGCAGUUAAGCUCAACCAUUCUUCUGCAGACUAAUAAAACAGUCAUUUGCAAAAAAAAAUGACAGCUUCAUUCACCCUGCCUCCAAUUCAUCAUCCAAGUUUUAGUGUCUAUUUCAAAAGAUGUGAAUUACUGUUCACAGAAGGAUGUCUUUAAUCAGAAUGAGCAGCGUAGAUUUCUUGGAAUUAGGAUCUUCUUGUUUGCUAUCUGUUAAAAAUUUUUGAUUUGAUUGAGUGUAAGAGACACAGCCUGAACAGGCAUGAAUGGAUUGCCAUCCAUACCAUUGUAGACAGUGCCCCAUCAUAGAUCUUACUGAAGUAUUUUGAAGCUGCAUAAGUAGAAGAAACUUAGGCUAUUAGAAUCAGAUGAAGGUGCUUGCGUGUUCAGGGACAUGAAUAACACAAACUCCAUGGAGCUGUCCGAGGGCAGCUUAUGAACUCUUGCAUACUAAAUAAGUCAAGUGUUUACUGAGGACCUAUUGUAUACCAGGAUCUUUCUUCAAAUGAUAAAGAACAGUAUUCCUAAAGCUUCUGUAUGGAACAUGCUGAACAUUGAUAUACUUCAUGUGUUAAAAAAAAAAAAAACAAACAAUAAAUCCCCAACAAAGCCACUGGCAUUCAACAUGGAUUGUCCUGUUGCCAUAGCAACCCUGUAGUUGAUUUUUCCCCCUUUAGAAGCAGACUAGCCUUACAUCCACUGAUGAUAAAAGUUAUGACUUAUAACUCUCUUUUCCUAAUUACUCAUAAUCAGGAUUUCAACAUCCCUAAUAUAAAUUGACAGUGUAAUUAAAUGGGGUGGGUUAGGGAAAGGAAGGUGAAGACAAGACUUUAUUAACUGACUGACCAAUGCUUUAUCCCCUUAGUUUUAUCUUUUGGGCCCUUGUCACAAGUAGCCACUUCUUUGUUAGAGCUAAAAAUCUAACAUUUGUUAGUAAGGGAAGCAAACAUGAACAGUUACUAAAUUUGUGAAUUUAUUUUGUUCACAUUUAUAUUUUGAAAAAGAAUUGUUUUUUAAAAUUAAGAUCAAAUGCCCAGUUAGUGGUGUCAGCAAGUGAAAGUAUUGGCUUAGCCUGAGUUCAUUGGAAUUUGGAAGUCCAAGCACAGAAAUUCAUAUAUUUGCAUUUUCCCCUGGCCUCUGUGAGCUUUAAGGAAUGACAGACUAUUUUGUUUCUAACAAAUGAGUAGCCUUCAUUUUAAUAAUGUAAAUAGGACCCUAGUUAAUUAAUUUGCACAAUUAAGUGCUUUAAGAGGUAUAUUAUAUUAACUUGCUACAUCAUCAUUUAAGAAAGAUAAGGUUACAAUACCUGUUAUCAAUCAUUCUUCUCCUAUACUCCUGCCUCCAGGAAGAAAAAUGCCCUACCUAGUUUCUUUAAAGGGAUGAUUUGCAUUGGAUAUUGGCUUCUGGUCCCUCCAUCUUCUGCUCAUUUUUACAGAUAUUUCUAGCCUAUCCAUUCUGGUUGUAAAUAUGCUUCAUCUUCAAAUACAGCAGUACUCAUGAGCUACAUUUUAUUCUUGAACUUCCAUCUCUAGUAUUAAGGGAGAAAUAUCUCCUCUUCAAGUUCUUGUGGUGAGUAAUUGCUACCAGAUAUCUAUUUACCACCAUGCAGAAAUUAUAGAGGUAAAAACCUAGGUUUGAACAUAAGUUGAGGCCUCAGAAAAAACCUGAACAAUCAUGAGGAUUCUGACAAGGCUUAUUAUAGAGAAGGCAAAAAAAAAAAGUAUGUCAGAAUGACAGAAAAAUAAUUAUUUUGCUUAUUGCAAUCUUGUAUUUUCCUCUUAGGCCAUAAAAGUUGAAGGGAAAAUAGAUUCCUUUAAUGUCAUAAAAAUUGAACAAACUUAGAGUCAUAAUCUCACACAUCCCCAUAGGAAACAAACUUCAUCAAACAAUAAGUAUAUUAAAUCAGGUUACAGAUUAAACUACAUUUAGAGGAUUCACUAAUAGGCUAAUUGAAGAGGAGGAGGAUUUAUAAGUCUCCAAGAAGUAAGGGACAGUUGAGAUUCUGUCUCUGACUUCUUAUCUAUGGAAUGCUUAAGGACGUAAGUAAAUUAUCACAUCCUAUAGGAAAUGUUUCAAUCAUGUGAGGUUAAUAUUAGGAUAGACUUUUAGUUAACCAAAAUUUGCAGAAUGAAUGCCAUUGAGUCCCAAAUAAUAAAAGGAAAUCAAAAAUGCCUAUAACAUUGGUUUACCCAAAACCAGUUUUUUUUUUCAUGUGUUUCAUGGCACUAUGUAUCUUUCUACCUAUGCUAUAAUGCCUGGCCGGUUGGGUCUCUAUAUCACUAUGAUUGUAUCAGUAACACUGAAGGACAUUUAGUGAACACCAAAGGUAGCAUGGUUAGUAGGAAAAGCAUUGGACUAGAAGACCUGGGUUCCUGUCCAACCACUUCUUUAAAACAAUUGAGUGACUUUGAGUAAAUCUCUUCAUCUCUGUGAGCCCUAAUGCCCUCAGCUAUAUAAAAGAGGGUUGAACCCAACCAGACUAUCUCCUUAUUGCACCAUUUCCAGUUUUGUGUAAAUUACUUUACACAUGGCCAAACCAUGUCUGGGAUCCUUCACCCUAUCUUUGACCUGACACAGUCUUUAUAAAGUUUCUGGCUAAGUUUUAGGAAAGGAAACCCAUUUCAUCUUUGAAAUCUGAAAAGUUUGAAAACAAUAGUCUUCUUAGAAUUCAAGCUGAGGCAGAAUAAUGAGCCCAUAGUGCUAUCAGUAAUAGAGUAGACUCCUCAACAGGACCCACCCAAUGGACCUAGCCCUAGGUCUUUACCUACUGUGUCUUAUGUGGUACAUGCAGGAAAAGUUAUAGUCUCCAGACCUAGAUCUCUGAAGAGGUAGAGAAACCAGGCAGCUUACAACCAUUUAUACUCAGCUACCCACCCCUACACCUACAAUUCAUGUAGACAAUUCUCUACGCUUCAGGAUUUCUCAACAGCUAUCCUGGCCUGUACAUUACUCAAAAUGAUUGACAUAACCCCAUUCCCUUCCAAAUGUUCAUCUGUAUCAUACUUUUAGGCCUUAAUGAAAAGUGAUUUCUGGAAGACAACCUGGAACACAGGACAUUUGGUAUACUCAGAAUCAAGAAGAACAGUGCACAGGGCAAGGGAGUCAAGUGGGUUCUGGAUUGGAAUUUGGAGGCCUUUUCCACGGGUUGCCAUCUGGCUUAAUUUCUGUUAGGUUCAGUGCAUCCUCCCUCUAUCUAUACAUGUGUAGUGCAAACCACCUCAUUUAAAUCACAGCAUGUGUAUUAGAGGACAAAUAAUUCAGAUAAUGAAACCAAAGCAUCCUUCCUAAGGCUUUGGGACUUGGAACAGUCUGUCUUUUCAGGAGCUUCUGUAGGGAGCUAUUUCUUGGGGGAUGGUCAGGAUAGCUUAAUAUCUCUUACCUUAGCCUUCAUAUAAGAGGAGGUGUUGAGUUAUUCCCCUGAAUGCUCUCAGUUCAAGCAAUCCUUCUAUCAUUACCAAGAUUGUGAAAUGAGGAAUUCAGGGACAUAAGGGUGCUUGUAAAUUGGUUGGUAGUUGGGGAGUGAGACACCUACGCAUGCCUUGGUGGAAGGUGGCUUACUCUGGAGGUUUGGGGGUCUUGGAUUUUGGUCCAUCUCUGCUGGUAGUUUGCUAUAUGAUAUUGGGGCAAGUAAUUUCACCUAUUCCAGCACACUGGAGUAUUUGGAGGGAACCAUCUGGGACUUGUCUAGAAGUCUCCUCACAUCUUUACAUAGUUUAAUUUAGUUUUGUUUUAUAAUAGGCACCACCCGGUAUCUGGUAUCUACUGAUGCCAAGAAUCCUUCAUCUAACACUAGUGGUUCUGUCUGUUAAAUGAGUUCAUAUUGGGUGACCUCUGGGGUACUUCCUUAGAACUCUAUGUAGUUCUUUUUCCCUCCAACUCAUCACCACCACCAUCACUCCCCUCCUUUGGGAUACUGAGGGGAAAUUCUGCUGCAGACACUAGUGGGGAGUAAGGAACUGAAAUGAGGGAAGGGAAGUCAGUAAAGUGAGCAUUUACAGCUGCUGGCAGGAGGCAAUGUCCCCAGGGUGCAACUCUUUCCAUUUUUCCAGUGAUUCUAUACCUUCCUCCCCCUCAGGAUCAAUGCUGGAUGGGAGGCAGUCAUUCCGGAGACAUGAGCGUACUGCCUUCCAGUAUCAAAGUGGAAUUUUCUAACAAAAUAAACUUGCUUGUUUGGUCUGUUUUCUGUAACUUUUGCUAAAUACUUUAUACGUUUUUAAAGUUAAAAAGCUGUGUCUCCUGCCAGCAUUACUCAUUCUGGUAUGAAUGUGUUUACUUCACAUUCUAUAUCUUUCCAUCCUCUUUGGCUUCAUAGAUUGGUAAAUAUAAUUGAUGUAAUAUAAUUUAUAAGUAACACUGUUGCAACUCUGAUCUCUUUGGAACCUGUAACUUGUUUUUCUUCCCAUAAUGGCAUUAGUGUGUAUUAAGGCUGAAGAAUUAAAUGUUUAAAGGGUUUUAAUUCUGAAUUUGUUAUAUAUAAUUGUUCUGUAUUAUUAUAAAGCAUUUUCAUGAACUUAAACUCUAUUUCUUUAUAUUUUUCUGCAAGUUGGUGUAUACACUUCAGAUGCUUAGAGUCAUUCCAUGUAAAAUAAACUGUACAGAGACACAUA